CUGGUAGUUCCCCACCUACUAGUGACAGUAUCGAGGAAGAGGCCGUGAUCAACGUUACCGUUGACGGUGUCAAUGGGGGAAGGAAGUAUUCAGAAUCGUGAUGUAUUCAGAGCUACCUACAUGGUGUUUAUCUACACGGGAGGGAGCCUAUAGGGAAGAGCCGCAGUGAAGGUGCGGGCUGACAGACGGUAAUCGCGGCUCUUGCUGGACAAUCGAGCCAGACGAGUGCUUCUAUAGUACUGCUAAUAGAAUGAGGGGUGUUGCGUUCACGCAAGAUGGGAAGCGCUACCACCAAAACUACCAGUUCGCCGAGCUCAAGAUUGUUGAAGAGGUCGAAGGAUCUGGAGAUCUCAAAGGCUUGCGCAAGAAGGUGGAGCCGAAGGGUUGCAUCGAAGUGUCAUACCGCUGGAUCACCAAUUUCAGACCUUGCGAGAGGUCCGAGAAGCGCAGCAACCCUGUCAAGCCUUCCACGCAAGAUACCGAGGACCCAGGCGCACCGAUACUACAAAGGCAGCUGCCAACGAUCGGUGCGAUUCCAGAGAAGGUUUUGAAGGGUGAUAUUCGCUCGCACCAAGCCAUGUGAGGACUCAGAGUAUUUCUGCCCUGACACAUGGAGCUGGUAGUCAAACAGCUUAGGUGAGCCCAAAGCCAAAAAAAAA